AUGUCCCAAGAAAUUACUCAUCCUACAAUCGUUGAUGGUUGGUUCAGAGAGAUCUCUGACACCAUGUGGCCAGGUCAAGCUAUGACUUUAAAGGUUGAAAAAGUCUUACAUCAUGAAAAAUCUAAAUACCAAGAUGUUUUGAUUUUCAAGUCUACCACUUACGGUAACGUUUUAGUUUUGGAUAACGUUAUUCAAGUCACUGAACGUGAUGAAUUCUCAUACCAAGAAAUGAUCACUCAUUUAGCUAUGAACUCUCACCCAAACCCAAAGAAAGUCUUAGUCAUUGGUGGUGGUGAUGGUGGUGUCUUAAGAGAAGUUGUUAAACACGAAUCUGUCGAAGAAGCAUGGUUAUGUGACAUUGACGAAGCUGUUAUCAGAUUAUCUAAAGAAUAUUUACCUGAAAUGUCUUCCGUUUACUCUCAUCCAAAAGUCAGAACCCACAUCGGUGAUGGUUUCCAAUUCUUAAGAGACUACCAAAACACUUUUGAUGUCAUCAUCACUGACUCAUCUGACCCAGAAGGUCCAGCUGAAACUUUAUUCCAAAAGUCCUAUUUUGAAUUAUUAAACAGUGCUUUAACAGAAAAGGGUGUUAUUAGUACUCAAGCUGAAAGCAUGUGGUUACACUUACCAAUUAUUAAAGAUUUAAAGAAAGCGUGUGGCGAAGUUUUCCCAGUUGCCGAAUAUGCUUAUACUACAAUCCCAACUUAUCCAUCUGGUCAAAUUGGUUUUAUGAUUUGUUCCAAAGAUAAGAAUGCUAAUGUUAAGAAGCCACUUCGUGAAAUUUCAAAUGAAAAAGAAUUGGAAUUAUACAGAUACUACAACAAGCGUAUUCAUGAAACCUCUUUCGUCCUACCAACUUGGGUUGGCAAAGAACUAAAUCAAUAG